AUGAUAAAGUUUGCCAGAGUAGAGGCAGAAGUAUUAUUGGGCGUUCGACGUGAGGGUCCUGUGCUCAGUUGUCUGUGGCAAGCAAAAAGAGCCAGAAACUAUUUGAGCACAAAAGAGGGACAAAAUCUAGAAAAAGUUCCCGAAAAGUCGCAAUCGUGGGAUGUAUUCAGAAAUAUAUCGAGUAGUCUGAAGUGGUCUCAAGAAUCGACACCUGGAUCGAAAGAAAAGAAGUCCUUGACCCAGGAUGAAAAAAGCACGGAGACCCUGUUACCAGAGCCCAUUGAUGAUAAGAUAAGAGUUCCCUCCACCGUAGUGAAAAGUGGUGUGGCGAAGAAACCUGAUGCGAAAAAUGGUGCGGAUUCAAAACCUGAAGUAUUCAAGUUGCAUCCAUUGUCGUCAACUGGAGAUUCGGCUAACGAUGACCCGGAGAGGGUGCUGAGCAAACUGUUGGAAGCAUCCUCUAUUAUUUCGAAAGUGGCCCAGCUUAAUAUUCUAAAUGAACACCUGGCUAGAGACAACAGCUUCCUAACCAACAAACAGAAGACUACACUGGUGGGUCAGCUGAUGGCUUCAAAGGACAAGUUGAAUUCUAAGAAGAGAUAUCAAGAGGCAGUGAAAUGCACAUUCAAUCUGAUCGGACUGCCUCCCAAGCCAAAGGGAGCCGGGAUCAAGAUACUCUGCAUUGAUGGGGGAGGAACAAGAGGUCUGGCGCCACUGGAGAUGCUGGCUGUAUUAGAGAAGAAGUGCAUUGAAAAGAAGAUCAUUCAGCCGAAUAAAAUUCAACACUCAUCCUCCGCGUCAUCUUCUUCAACUGAUUCGUCUUCACUGGCAUUUUUGUCCCAGUUUGACCUCAUCUGUGGUGUGAGCACUGGUUCUAUAGUGGCCUUCAUGACUGCGGUUGCUGGACUCAGUUUUGACACCUCUAUCAGUAUGUACCGCAAAAUGGCCUCUGAGAUCUUUCAACGGAGCAGCUUCAUGAGUGUAGGUUCGACUCUGACCGGAAACUCGUGGUACGAUACUGAAAAGUGGCUGCGACACCUCCAGAGCUACGAGAAGUCCUUCGACCCCGUCUACAUGGCAUCCAAAGAACCAAACACACCUUUGAUAUGCGCAGUGUCUGCGAUCACCAAUCGGCAGAUCCUGAGACCCUACGUAUUCCGUUCCUACGGAUUCCGAUCCACCUCCAGGUCCAGGUAUCUGGGAGGAGCUGCAAUUGAGAACUGGGAAGUGUUGCGAGCCACAACUGCAGCCCCAUUCUACUUCGACCCCUUCGCCUAUGAAGAUAUGAUUUUGCAGGACGGUGGAAUCCUAGUGAAUAACCCGACCGCACUCGCAAUCCACGAGGCACGUGCGCUUUGGCCAGAUGAAGAGCUACAAUUGGUGCUUUCAAUGGGAACUGGGCUACAGAACAGCAUCCCGAAGGAAGACCUGACUAGACCUGCAUCGAAACAACAGCAGCAGAAGCAGAAAGCGAAAGCAGUUAGAACUGAGUACCUGAAGACAUUUAACCAUUUCAUAGACAGUGUCACAAAUACAGAAGUUGUUCACACGACCUUGAAGGAUCUGCUUCCGCGUGGCACUUACUUUCGCUUUAACCCGCGCCUGAACGACAACUUCGUGUUGGACGAAUUCAGAGCAGAGAAGCUGGAUGAUCUACGGCAGCAGACACUGAAAUAUAUGGACGGCCAGCAGGACAGAGUGGAUAGGUUUGCGGCCUGUUUUGCCAAGCAGAGGUCAACCAAGUCCAAACUGAGAGACAUGUGGAAGCAAAGGCUGGAUCACAUUUUCCCCAAUUGAGAAAUAGAAUGUCUGAAUAAGCAAACCCCAAACACUAAUUGAAAAGAGUUCAGGGCAUCUUAUGAUCUCGUUUAUUUGAAUUGAUUGCUUCAAUUGCCCUGCGGGUUAUCUCGAAAUUUGAUAUUAUUUUUUUGAUCUGAUUUCAAAUACGAUGUAAGUUUGUUACCCCUCCCCGCAUGCGAUGUGUGCCUUGACCUUGAGCUGAAGUGAAAUGAAAUAUUGAUUUGUUGUAUUUAAACUGCUUUAACAUAUGGUCAAAUAAUUAAUUUACUGAAAGUAGAUGGAAAUUGUAAAUAAAAUUUCCCUUUCUGAUGUUAUGUCCGAUUGUCCUGGACUUUGACAUGAUUUAAUUUUUAGCAAA